AUUUUCUAAAUCGAUUAGCACAUCAAUUAUUGCGAUGAUGCGGUUGUUCUUUUUCAUUGUUCUUGUAGUAGGAGUUUGUAAAUCUACCUUUGUGGUCCAACAUGUAGACAAUCUGAGCAAUGAUGAAGUUCGAAAAUUGCCCGGUCUCACCCCAACACCCAGAUUUAAGCAAUAUUCUGGUUACUUGUGUGGUUCAGACGAAGAUGUACAAUUGCAUUAUUGGCUAAUUGAGACUCGGCAACGUUCAACCUCAUUGCCCCUAAUCUUAUGGCUGAAUGGUGGACCAGGAUGCUCUUCUCUACUUGGAUUGUUUACAGAAAACGGUCCCUUUUCGGCUAAGACUGAAUCAAGACUCAAAUGGAAUCCUUACUCAUGGAACAAGUUAGGAUAAGACAGUAUGAGUUUAACGAAGAUGUACUAUCUUUAUUCAAGGUUGCCAAUGUUUUGUAUUUAGAAACACCUGCAAACGUUGGCUAUUCAUAUUCAACCAAAACUACAAAGGCGCCUGGGGAUGACCGGAUAUCUGCUGACAAUCUCCAUGCGUUGCUGAAUUUCCUACGAAAGUUCCCCACCUACUAUGGUCGCGAUACAUAUCUUGCAGGUGAAAGUUAUGCAGGGAUUUAUUUACCGUUACUUGCACUAAAAAUGCUUAAACAUGGAACUGGACUGAAUAUCAAGGACACCUACAUUAAUACAGAGAUUUAUCCCUAUGUGAACUUCUUCAACAUGCAUACAUCUUGCGUGAAUGAAGCCGCUGAGCCAUCAAUUUUUGCUGAGUCCCCUGCCACAAAGUACUUGAGUAGACAGUCUGGUCGUUCGUGCAAAGCAAUGCGAAAGGAGAACCACGCCCCCUUAUCGAGGGCUAUUUUCAGGGUGGCGUCUGGCACAACGGCUUGUGUAUCCAACUCCAAUCUAAACAGCUAUUUAAACACGCCAGCUGUUCGGGACGCGUUGCAUAUUAGCGGGCGAUUCGAAGGGCGUUGGGAGGAGUGUAAACAGGAUAUGUACACGAUGUAUCGCUUCGAUUACUUAUCCACGCUAAAUCAAUAUCGUCAGCUUCUUGAAAACAACAUACCGAUAGCGUUCUUGUCCGGAAAUUUAGACGUGACGUCAACUCACACAGGCACUGGAUGGUUCGUCGAUAACUUGCAGCUGCAGGCCGUGACACCCAAAUCUGCGUGGUUCUAUUCAGACAGACGGAAGCGGUGUCAAUUGGGAGGAUUCUAUGCGAAACUGAGGCUGAACGACACCCCUCUGUGGUAUGUGGUUGUGCAUGCGGCCGGGCACAUGAUUCCCUCCGACCAGCCAGGCGCCGCACUUCACCUGAUCAGAGCAUUCAUUCAGUCGGAUAGCCCCUUUGACUGA